AUGAGAGAUUGUAAAUAUAGAGGUUUCUUUUUAGAAAAAUAAAAACACGAUUCCAAUGAAGAGCACACAAAUUUUGUGUAAAUGCAAAACAGGUAGACUGAAAAGGAAAAAAAUUGUCUCCCACUUUCUAGAAUUUUCAUCGUCGAAAAAAGCGCUAUUGGUGCCCGCCAAAGACGUCAUUAUCGAGUCGUUUGCGCUUUUAGAGCCCACGUUUUUUGGUUAUGGAUUGUUCGAACAAGUUUCAUUUAUUUAUCCGGUUUUCUGAAUCUCACCUAUCUAUAUAUUAGCUAGUUUAAUUUGAAAUCAAGAACAGGAAGAGGAACAUUUCACAGUUCAGGUAUUACAUUUAAGUUUACUCUUGUUUCAAUUGUGCAAUUAUAAUUGACUUUUUUUUUCCAAAUCAGCUCAUUAUUAGAGUUUUUAGCAUGUUGAUGUGACUAUCUUUUUUUUUUGCGAUUCUGCUAUGAGCGAGAAAUUGCCUCCAGGUAGGGGUUUCAUCACUAUAUCUAUAUAUAUACAGCGUUCUUAGGGACUUUGUGCGCUGUUUGUGAAGACCUUGCAACCGGAAAACACUACAGCGUCGCUUCUUGCAACGGUUGCAAAACUUUUUUCAGACGGGCUAUUGUUGUAAGAUUGAACUCAUAUCAACGUUGAUGGUCAAUUUUUUUUUUCUCAGAACAAAAGAGAGUUUUCAUGUCAAGGAAACGGCCACUGCCCCGUAAACAAAGGUUUUCUUUACAGUAGUGAGCUUGAUUUUGACUCGGGCUUUUUCAUUGCAGGUGUGAGAUGUGCUUGCCGAUAUUGCAGACUCCAAAAAUGUCUAGUAGUUGGGAUGGACAAAAACUGUAAGCUUGAAAAUGAUUUUUCUCUUCAUUUUCUUCAUCCUAUAUAACGUGAUAAUAUAGAGACAUUAUGUAUCCUGUUUUUCAGCAAUUCAAAACGACCGAGAUAGAAUUGGUUACACAAAAAGGAAGCGAAAAAACGACGAAAAAGGCACGAAAGAGCACGAAAACUUGGAAUUUGCAGGACCGAGCUCUUCUGUUCACAAGUUGGUUUUUUGUUUCUAUUUCAAAAUUUUUUUUUUGAAUGUUUGCAUUAAAUUACUAAUGAGAAAAAGAGAAAUUUCAUGAAAAUUUUGAGUUUUAGAAGUUAAAAUGCAUUUACAGCGGCGCUAGUGAUGGUUCCGAUCAUCACGAUCUGAUGCAUAGCCCCGGAGAAAGCAACGAAUUAUGUGACGUAAAAGUGGAUCAUGUGAGUUUUUCAAAAGAGGAAGUUUAAUAACAACGAAAAACCCCCGCAUUUGUAAGAGUAAAGGCUUGAAAAAUCUUUUUGAGACGGUCGUGGAACCGAUAGCUGAACGUCUGACGACGCUGGAGAACAAUUUCUCGCUGUUGCUCAGCCGAUGUCCCGACCUGAAGUCGUACGCGACCUUGGAAGAGGCUCUGAACGCUCCUAGUCGUUUCAACCAGGCUGUCAACUGCGACGUAAACCUUGCCAAAAGUUAAUGGAACGCAAAUAUUUAGUGGUCGGAUCCAUUGGUUUUGCCCCAUCACGACAAUGAGAAGAUGCCGUUUUGGCGUCAGCGAUUGAUUGCUUUGUACAUUGACUGGGCCAAAACGUUCACAGCUUUUAAAAACUUGCCUUACACUGACAAGGUUGGUUUUAUCUAAUUUUUUUUUCCGGUAUUGCACUUCAAAAACUUUCACUGGUUAAUCGGCGUAUCAAAAAGUUUAACUAACAGAAAACGCUUUGAGAUUUAAUCGGUGAAGCCUGGUGUUUUGAUUUUGAGCGCUGCGAAAGUUUCACAAACGCGCUAUUCCGCGCCAGGUUUCCACGAUCUUUUCCUCCUCAGAGCUACAGUACCCUUUUCUUCGAUACGCGCGGUAUGUGCCUAUGUAUGCUUCCGAGAACGGGAAAUCGGUUUAAUUAAAGGCGCAUGCUCAGAGAUAGGCCGCGCGCAUUGAAGAAAAAAAAAAUCAUAAAAAAACAUUAUUAAUUUUUUAAAAUGUUAAAUAAAAAUAAGCUUCAAUGAUUUUUUGGUCAGGUGGCCCUUAUCACGAACCACGCGUCGUCGUUCAUGAUCUUGUGCGAAGCCUUCCGCACGCCUGAGCACGUCAAGUCAGACAUGGUGAGGAAGCGUCCAGAACUGAGCGAAAUCGUCGCUGGCGCCUCGGAAGCGGGAAGUCGCGUCGCGUCGACCGUCGGCAGCAACCACAGCGCCAGCGACUUCCCUUACGACCACCAUCUCAGCUAUCCAGUACUGAUAAUUAGUUCUUCGCUUGCGUCAAACUUCCUUUCUCAGUUGGACGUGUUCAACCCUCGGAUGGACAAUAUGCAGCUGCUCGGUGCCGAGGAUCUCUUGUCCCGCUCGAGUUCUCACUCGUCUUCUAAUUCUUUCCAACCGAAGCCCAAUUUCCCACUGACUUUCAAGUUGGUUCUUUUUGUGCACAGCUUUCCUUCUUGUUCCCUCUGAAAGCUGAAUUAGUAGCUCAAAAAAUAGUAUGAGAAUGGGAAAAAAAAUAGUCUUGAAAAACAUCCGCGUCUAUAGAUGAAUUGAAAAAAAUUUCAAAGAUUUUUUUCACUUAAAUUUUUUUAGCUCAAAUUAGUUCCAUUCUCUUCUCAGGAAGCCUCGCACUGUUGUAAUGAAAAAGCUGAAAAACCGAGUCCACGGAGCUCGAAUAGUUUGAUCUAAAUCUUCUGGAGAAUAAUUUUAAAACGCGGUCGUAAGAAUAUAUUUCAUUUUUUUGAGAGAUGUCAAAACUGAGCCGAGCGACAGUCCGGAGCCGAAGCCUGAAAUGAUCCGAUUGCCGACCGAAUACGGCAGUUUGCCAGCUGAUUAUGCCUCUUGGAUUCCCAAGGCCCGUUUGAAUAAAUUUUUCCAAAAUUCACUUGUUGAAUUUAUAGGAUUAUGGCCACCCAACUGCUGGAAUUGAAGGAAGAUCCGACAUUCAUAACUUUCUCGAUGCCAGGGAGUUCUGCGAAGUGGUAUUCCGCCUUUUCUUUCUCGAAUAUAAAAGAAGCUCUCAGGGUCGACCAAGUUCCUGCAGUUUUAGCGAGAAAUCCAUGAAAACAGCAACUUUGAUGGUCCCGAAAACCUCGGUCUCCGCUCUUCCUGUCCCUAGGUGAACGAGAAAACUUCCUGAAGUCACCCGAAUAUAUACAGUUCAACAUGGAGCCAAAAAGUUUAUUUUUGUAGUCGGCUUUAGAGCUUCCUUGUGUUCAAAAUAACGAAGUAAUCGAGUGCAAAGUCGUAAAAUUUCAAAUUCAUCAUGUUCCAAUAACACUGACUUUCUCGGCAAGACAUGAAUACUCGUGAAAAAUCAGCUCAAAAGAUGUUCAAUCGACGCAUUUCCUAUUCACGGCUGUAUUCUCUCGUAUCAGAAUGUAGCUCGCUUUUUUUUCAGCUUGUCUGGAAUAACGCCGGUUAUGGCAAUGAUGAUCGAUUUGGUGAUGAAACCGGCGCGACUUCUCAACUUCUCAACCACCGAAUUCGCACUUCUUCAGGCAGUCAUGUUUUUCGACCCUGGUAAAGAGAAAUUUCUGUGAUUGAUCCAUUUCCACAUUUUGUUUUGAGACACUGACGGUUUGGACUCGGCGAGUCAACGGAAUGUCAUCGCCGAGCAGAAGAAGUUGCUCGGAGUUCUCUUCAGACAUCUGCAGAAGAUUUAUUCGCCUUCUGAUGCCAACGAUCGAUAUUCGGCCAUUCUUCUCAGAAUCCCUUCUAUUCGCGUUAGUGGUUUUGCAGGAUUUUACGCCAUAAUGAAACAAAAUUUUUCUUGAUAACAUCUGAAUGGUUUUUUUUAUUGAAAAAAGGAUAUCAUUUGUAAAGUUUUUAGAUGUCCAAAAAGUGUCCAUUUAUGAAGUUUGAGAAAAUGUUGGAUGAACUGUUGGGAGCCGCACACAAUGAAAAUGAAACGAUAGAGGAGAGAAAGCAAAUCGUAUCAUGUGUUUCAAGUUUUUUUUCAAGAUGAAAUUAUCAAUCAAAGUGUCAUCGCAUGCUGGGGGCCCUGAUUAGGCUUCAGUUGAAUAAUUGCUGUCCGAUAAGAAUUGUUUUCAAAAGAAAUUGAGAAGGGAUUUUCAGAGAGCGGCGGCGAAGAAAAACGAGUCUCUACAGGUGCUGGACAUGCUGCAGAUGCACGUGAUGAACUCGUUGGUGAAGGAGACGUCGCUGGGUCCGCGACCGACGUCCGUCCAGCAGAGGAUGGGCAUCGGCGGCGGCGCCUCCGGCAUGACCACUCUAAACAUCGGCAACCACAUUUGA